AUGUCUUCCCUGACAGCCACCACCAUUGGGCAUGGGAGCUGGAAGCUCUUGAGCCAGGUGGAACACCCAGUGACACAGCGUGCCAUCCUUGGAGAAACUAUAAGCAAAGAUCCCGCCCUCUGUGCUCUCGGUGAAGAAGACGCCAUUAAUAAUGUUGUGGUGUGCAGAGAGCACAACUGCAUUGCUUUGGAGCGUAAAAAUCCUCACCGCGAAGUCCUUGCAGCUGCAGAUGACCCAAUUGCCGUCGGGGCUCCAAUCGAGGCAAGCGAUCGUGUCGUGGCUGCUGGAGAAAGUGUGGAGUACCAUGAACUCCUUGAGGCACCCGACCGUCCUCCAUACCUGGAUGGGACGCGCAAUGCAAGCUUCGCCCCAAACCUGGAACGAGGAACGAGGCUACUUAUUGAUGGACGUACAUGCUUGUUACAGAACGAUCAUGAUCCGUCGCGACUGAUAGCGGAGACCCCGUGCAAGCUAAUGCGCUUUCUAGUGGCGGACGGUAGCCAUGUUGACACCGACACACCCUACGCCGAGGUGGAAGUUAUGAAAAUGUGCAUGCCUCUUCUUUCACCGGCUUCCGGCACAAUCCACUUCAAGCAUUUGGAAGCACAAGCAAUGGUGGCCGGCGAUUUGAUUGCGGUGCUCGACUUGGAUGAUCCUUCUGCUGUGAGAAAAGCAGUUCCAUUUUCGGAAGGAUUUCCGGCACUUGGAACUCCAAUACCGGUCCCUGGAAAGGUUCAUCAUCGCUGUGCCUUGAUCAUUAAUGCCUCGAACAUGAUACUCGCCGGUUACGAACACAACGUGGACGAGGUUGUGCAGACUCUUCUCAGUUGCUUGGACGAUCCUCAGCUGCCCGUUCUUCAGUGGCAAGAAUGCAUUGCAGUACUCGCAAGCCGAAUCCCGACCAACUUGAAAGCUCGGCUGGAUCUGAAGCUGAAAGAGUACGAAGCCUCGUCUGGUAGCGAGCGAGGAGCUGCAGACUUUCCUGCCAAGGGAGUGCGGGAAGUUUUAGAGGAAUUCCUUGCCUCUGCAACCGAUCAAGACAGGGCGACACAAGAAAGGCUUGUGGAGCCCUUGUUAACGCUAGCCAAGUCAUACGAGGGGGGGCGCCGGGGUCACGCCUGCAGCAUCGUAAAAGCACUCUUUGAGGAGUAUUUGCUCGUCGAGGAGCAUUUCAGCCAAGGCACCGGUACACAGGCGGACGUCAUCGAAAGCCUUCGACACGUCCACAAGAAAGACCUCUGGAAGGUUGUCGAUAUUGUGCUCUCUCACCAGGGUAUCAAGACUAAGAACGCCUUAAUGUUACGCCUUAUCGAAGCUCUCGUGUAUCCUAACCCCUCCGCAUACAGAGACCAACUUGUGCGUUUGGCGGCCUUGAGUGACUCAAACUACACGGAGCUGGCGGUAAAGUCGAGCCUUCUUCUGGAACAAUCUAAGUUGAGCGGAAUUCGAGCAGAUAUUGCGCGAAGUCUAUCAGAGCUGGGAAUGUUUACGGAGGACGAAAACGGCUCAAAGCGAUCUGGCAAGAGUGCUAUCGACGAGUGAAUGGAAUACUGGGUUGACGCACCGGUUGCUGUGGAAGAUGCUCUUGUGGCGUUGUUUGAUCACGGUGACCAUGGCGAUCACACGUUGCAAAGGCGCGUUAUCGAGACUUACAUCCGAAGGCUGUAUCAGCCAUAUCUAGUGAAAGGUUCAGUCCGGAUGCAAUGGCAGCGCUCGGCAAUGCUAGCCUCGUGGCAAUUCUACGAGGAAGGGCCUCUCCGGGUGGCAACAGCGGCAGAAGAAAGUGAACCAGUCAAAUGGCGCGGGGCCAUGGCGGUCCUCUCGUCCUUGAACACACUCUCGUCUACUGUUCGGACUGCGCUUGAAGAGUGGUUUGGUGUCACGCAGGAGACCAAGGACUCUAACCAUACCCGCCUUGGCAACGUGCUCCAUAUUGCUCUCGUCGGGAGGAAGAACCAGCUGAGUGCUCAUCAAGACAGUGGUGAUGAGGGCCAGACGCAAGAAAGAGUCGAGAAGCUCGCCAAGGGACUCAAGGGUGAGACCUUGCGAGGAUUGCUGCAAGCUGCCGGAGUUGGAGUUGUGAGCUGCAUCAUCCAAAGAGACGAAGGCAGGGGUCCAAUCCGCCACUGCUUUCACUGGUCUCAGGAGACGAAAUCAUAUGCAGAAGACCCGCUCUACCGUCACGUCGAGGCACCUCUCUCUGGUUUCCUUGAGCUGGACAACUUGAAGGAGCUUGGAACGAUGAAGUACUCACUGUCACGGGACAGGCAAUGGCAUCUUUACUCUGUCCAGGAGAAGAAGGGAAAGUCGACGGUGAAGCGCACGUUUCUACGGACUUUCGUGAGGCAAACAAAGACGCUGGACGAGGAUGGCACUUUUGAGAGCGUGAUCAAGGCGCUCCAAGGCGCUCUGGAAGAGCUGGAAGUCGCAGAAGGAAGAGCCGAGCACGUCCAUAUGUACCUUUGCGUGCUGAGGCCGCAGGGAGUGAGAAGCCUCGCCUCGUCAAUCGUGGUGUGGCUCGAGGCGCUGGUACACAAGAUCUACGCUGCUCUUGGAACACGCAUGUACCGCCUAGCCGUGCUUGCAUGGGAGCUCCGGAUGUCUUUGGGUGGCGAAGGCAUCUGGAGAGUGGUGGUGUCCAACGCUACUGGUUACACUUGCAAGGUUGAGAUCUACAGGGAGGUGCGCGAUCCUCUCACGAAGCAGACCGUCUAUAGCUCGCCGUUUCCAGGUUGUGAGGGGCCGCUCCAUGGAGUCCCGUUGUCCAAGCAGUGCAAGCCGCUGGAAGCUCUUGACUCUAGACGGCUGCUGGCCAGGAAGAACGGCACCACCUUUUGCUACGACUUCCCUCUGGUGUUCGAGGCUGCGCUCAAGCAGUGCUGGAAGGAGUCCGGGAUGGAGCUGCCCAAGGACACCACAGCGUUCUGCGCAACCGAGCUCGUGUUUCUUACGGCAAACCAGUCGUGGGACGCCACCCUGGUGGAGACGAACCGGCCCAGCGCCAGCAACGACAUUGGAAUGGUAGCGUGGCGUCUGGAGCUGUGCACUCCAGAGUACCCUCAGGGCCGCCACCUUGUCGUGGUUUCCAACGACGUAACGCAUGCCGCUGGCUCCUUCGGCCCCAAGGAGGACGCCUUCUUCAAGUGCGUCACGGACAUGGCGUGCCGGGAGAAGCUCCCUCUCGUCUACCUGGCCGCCAACUCGGGUGCCCGGAUCGACGUAGCCGAGGAAGUGAGGAGGAGCUUCCAGGUCGGGUGGCUGGACGACUCUCGCCCAGAGCACGGCUUCCACUACCUCUACCUCCGGCCGGACGACUACGCCAAGCUCGGCGCCUUCGUGAACGCUCACAAGCUGGAGGUGGCGGACGGACAUGUGCGCUGGGUGAUCGACGAUAUCAUCGGGCAGAAGGACGGGCUCGGCGUGGAGAACCUCUCGGGGAGCGGUGCCAUCGCCAGCGCCUACUCCAAGGCAUACAGGGAGACCUUCACCUUGACGUACGUCUCCGGCAAGACGGUUGGCAUCGGUGCCUACCUUGCUCGUCUGGGAAUGCGGUGCAUCCAGCGGUUGGACCAGCCGAUCAUCCUCACGGGCUACUCGGCGCUCAACAAGCUCCUGGGACGAGAAGUGUACAGCUCGCAAAUGCAGCUCGGGGGACCCAAGGUGAUGGCGACGAACGGCGUCACGCAUCUCACUGUGAGCGACGAUCUCGAAGGAGUGUCCGCCAUCCUCAACUGGCUGAGCUACGUCCCCAGCGUCAAAGGUGGCGGGCUUCCGUCUCGGCCCAGCGACGAUCCCCCGGACAGGACAGUGGCCUACGUCCCGGAGAACAGCUGCGAUCCUCGUGCCGCGGUGGCCGGAGUUUACAACUCCGAGGGUGGCGGCGGCUGGAUGGGCGGUAUCUUCGACAAAGGCAGCUUCACCGAGACGCUCGAGGGGUGGGCUCGGACGGUAGUGACAGGGCGUGCUCGGCUCGGGGGGAUACCAGUUGGGAUCAUCGCGGUGGAGACGCAGACGGUCAUGCAAGUGAUCCCUGCGGACCCCGGACAGCUCGACUCGCAGGAGAGAGUGGUGCCGCAAGCCGGACAGGUCUGGUUCCCGGACUCGGCCUCCAAGACGGCCCAAGCCAUGAUCGACUUCAACAACGAGGGGCUCCCGCUCUUCAUCCUGGCCAACUGGAGAGGCUUCUCGGGUGGCCAAAGAGAUCUCUUUGAGGGAGUUUUGCAAGCCGGAUCCACCAUCGUGGAGCACCUCCGCACGUACCAGCAACCGGUGUUCGUCUACGUGCCUCGGAAUGGCGAGCUUCGAGGCGGGGCCUGGGUGGUGGUGGACAGUAAGAUCAAUCCGGACCAAGUCGAGAUGUACGCCGACAGCACGGCUAGAGCCGGGGUGCUCGAGGCCGAGGGAGUAGCCGAGAUAAAGUUCCGGAGGGAGCAAAUCCUCGACUCCAUGAAGCGCUUGGAUCCAGUACUGCCACGACUCGAGGAUCCAGCAGCGGUGAGAGCUCGCCAGGACAGCCUGAUUCCAGUGUACAAGCAGAUCGCCCUCCGCUUCAUUGAUAUGCACGACACGGCCUUCCGGCUGGCCGCCAAAGGGAUCAUCCGGCGGGUGGUGAACUGGGAGUGCUCGAGGUCUUUCUUCUACAACAGGUUGGCGAGGAGGCUGGCCCAAGAAUCCGUGAUACAACGUGUGCUAGCGGCUGCUGGAAGCGAGUGUAGUCACCGGGACGCGCUGGAGCUGUUGAGGCAGUGGUUCUUGACGUGGAGCAGCAGCAGCACCGGCGAUGGGGAUGGUUGGGCCGACGAUACUCUGGUUGUGGAGUGGCUGGCCAGCAACGAGUCCAGGAUCCAACGGGAGCUCCAGCAGCUCAGAGUGCAGAAAGUUUCGAGGCAGAUGCUCAGUGAUUGUCAAAAUCGAAACGACGAUCUCGAGGUGCUGCCGCAAGUUAUACAGAACCUUGUUGAUAAGAUGGAUCCUGCUGCCAGGCAAGCACUCAAGGAGCAAAUUAAAGCAGCACUACUGUAAACUUACUGCUGUUGUCAUUCCUUUUCCAAGGCACGGAGGAGCUCAGCAAGGAUCCCACCUCCGUUCUGAUCACCUACGUGAAAUUGUUUGGUUCACAUUCAAAUAAAGAAAAAAUAACUUCA